AUGUCCUCCUCAUCCACAUUGAUCUUCAUGGUCAUCUUUUUCCUGGAGUCAUUGGCUGCAAUGUUGCAGAAUGGCUUUAUGGUUGCUGUGCUGGGCAGGGAGUGGAUGCGAUGCCACACACUGCCCUCAGGUGACAUGAUUGUGGCCUGCCUGGCUGCCUCCCAGUUCUGCCUGCAUGGGAUGGCCCUCCUGAACAACCUCAUGGGCUCCUUUGGUUUUCGUUCCAGAGUUAACUAUUUCAACAUUUCCUGGGUCUUUAUCAAUACACUCACUUUUUGGCUUACUGCCUGGCUUGCUACCUUUUACUGUGUGAAGAUCUCAUCCUUCUUUCAUCCUAUCUUCUACUGGCUGAAGUGGAGGAUUUCUCAGUCAGUGCCCAGGCUUCUGCUGGGCUCCCUGAUCAUAUCUGGUGUGACAGUCAUCUCAUUAGCCAGUGGGCAUAGCACUCUUGUGCAGAUGAGUGUCUCUCAGAGUUCCCAUGGAAACAGCACCCUGGCUGAAAGAAUACAGACCAUCUAUCACAACUUUUUUCUGCCUAAUAAAGUGCUUGUGUUGUUAAUUCCCUUCCUCCUGUUUCUGGUGUCCACGCUCUUGCUCAUAUUCUCACUACACUGGCAUUUGCAGCAGAUGAGGAGCCACAGACCCGACCGACAUGAUCCCAGCAUCCAGGCUCAUAUUGUGGCCCUGAGGUCACUUGCUUUCUUCCUCAUCUUCUACACAUUAUAUUUCCUGUACCUGAUUAUUGUUUCUAUGCAUAUCACAACCCUGCAGAAUCAGUGGCACUGGGCCUGGGAUGUGGUGACCUAUGCAGGCAUCUGUCUGCACUCCAGCAUCCUGUUGCUAAGCAGCCCCAAACUGAGAAAGGCCCUGAAGAUGAUGCUUUGGAAAACCCUGGAGAAAUGGUGGUUGAUCUCAAGUUAUCAGUAUCAAUAA